AUGACUGUCCAAAAUAAGAUAGCAUCUCUGGCGGUAGUCGAUUACGAAGCCUUAGCGAACAAAGAUGGUAAAGAGAUCCGGAAGCUCGUUCAAGCCUGCGAAUCCGUGGGCAUGUUCCACCUCAACCUCGGAGAUUCAAGGAUAAAGGCUGUCUACAAAGACAUACCGAAUCUCCUCCAGGCCGGCAAGGCCUUCUUCGACCUGCCCCCGGAUUGCGAGGAAAAGAAGCAAAGCAUUCGCGAAGGAAUGGAGCGAGGGUAUCACGCAGCCAAGACUUUCGAAUACUACGAGAUCGCCCGGGAUGAGUAUCAACUAGGCAAAUGGUCCCUGCCUCCUUGCCUCACACCCCACGAAGAGCGCAUUACCCGGACCCUGCAAUCCCUGCACGGUGCCAUUCAGACAGUCUUAGCGGAGCUCUGCGCCGCCAUAGAUGUGAACAUCCCCGAGCUGAGCGACGAUCCAACUGUUCCCAGCGACACUGCGCUCAAGCUAGUCUUCAAGCCUCCCGUACAAGAACCUGGUGCGGUGGUCCAGCCGUGGCAUACCGAUUUCGGUCUCAUGACGCUGAUGUGGUAUGAGGAGGUGAGCGCACAGAUCCCAGUCUAUGACGCAGAGGGAAAACGAACCGAGGCCUGGCAGGCAGUUCCUGUCGUCGAUGGUGCCGUUCUCGUCAAUAUUGCAGAUGAACUGGAGGCUAAAUCGGGUGGGCGUCUGCGUUCGACGGUGCACCGUGCGGUGACGCCGCCCGGACCUAAGAAGGCGAGACACGGAAUGGUCUAUCUUCUUCGGCCGCACAAGGAUUAG